GAGUUAGCCGUCGUGGACCCCGGACGCCCUGCCCUCGCCUCCAUGCUCUGGCCCCGCCAUGCUCCACUCCUCCGACACACACAAGAACGGCUUCGUCCCCGGGGGCAACAAGGCGGACUCGGGCGCGGGUCGCGAGGUGGCGGCACACCCCAGCGAGCUGCAGCCCCUCAACAAGGACGAUGGCAGUAACGGCGACGCCCCCAGCGACGGUAUGGAAGUGCGGGUAACCAUCCGAGAGAACCCGCUGGUGGAGGGUGACGAUGCAUGGGGCACCAGCAACAACCCCCAGCAGCAGCAGCAACAACAACAACAACAACAGCAACAGCAGCAACAGCACCUGCCUGCAGUCAUUCAGAAGCGCAGCAAAAGAACGCUUCUGGAGCGGUACCUCAUUGCGACGACGGUUCUGUUAUCUGCGGCCUGCGUGAUCUCCGUGGUGCUCCUGUUGUACCAGCCUACUGACACAGGUAUGAUGUUUUGGGUGAACCUCUGGAUACCAGGGCGUGAUGUGCAACGCUUUCCUAUGUAAGUUUAAAAUCAGGAAUGAGGAUUUGUGAAUGAAUGAUAUUGAUAAGCCUGUAACGAGAAGAUGGUAUACUGUUGGUCUUCUUCAGUUGGGUUUGCUUCUUCUUAAAAAUAAAUAGAUAAAUAAAUAAACAAAGGCAAUUUCAUGUUGGUAGAUUUUGGUGGAUUCGUGAAAUAUGAGCCAAUCAUAGCAUACCAGAAAAGCACAUAUCUUAUUAUCAUGAUCUUUUAAAAUCACACGAUAUAAAUUCUAAAUUUACUGUAAAAAACAUCUUGUAUAGUUUAGGAUACUGAAAUCGAUAAACCUUACGUAAUACCAUAAUACUAUUUAGUAUAAUGCCUUUUACACAUCCCAUAGUUCACAGAAACAGUUCUAAUCCCAUGCACAGCUAUUUCAUUUUCAAUGCAUUAUUGUGCUAUAGAUAUUUUCAUUUUUAUGUUAUCAUAUUUUUUGGACGGCUUUAUAAUAGGAUAUGUUUUAAUU